AUAAUCAGGCGACAUAUUGUGAAACCUUUCAUCCCACACUUGAGUCGAGAAGCAGGAAAUUGGUAUAUCGUGCUAAUUAUAAGCAAAUCCUGCUUUUCUAAGGAUUUACGGGGUGGGGUGUUGGCACGAUAUCGACCUCGUGCGAGAUCUGUCAGGCGAAUGUUGACAUAUAUCGAGCUAUCUUGAUGAUAGCUCGAAUAAGUCGCAAUAAAUCCCUCAGAUGGCGCUAUACAGAUACAGACAAGGACGAAAAUACGAGACAGCUAGAUCUCCAACAUUAGGGCCAAUUAGGAAAUAGUUCAUGUACGGUCAACUUAAGGGCAAACGAGGUCAAGGAGAUCAGCUGAUCGAGUAAAAUGCCGCCAUCGUAAAAGGGACAGUAGCAAACUAACAAAGAUAGAAGUGUAACGUCCGGACUAAUAUCGCCCACUGUGCACUCAACCUGAAUCCCGAACGCAGCGGUAUAAACGCGUUAUACCUUGACCGCUGGAGCACCCGGUGUGCUAGAUGAACUGUCAUAGAAUAAAGCUCUUCUUGGCGCGACAUUGAACUGAACAGACGUAAGCCACUGACUUCUGCGUAUAAUUAUUUGUGUGCUCUUCCGAAUUGUGCUAAAUCUUAUUUAAACGGCCAAUUAACCUUCCGCCAACCGUAAAACGCUUGGUCGUUACAUCUCAGAAGUGGGAUUACCAACAAAAAUCGCCUGCAAAACCGCCUGCAAGCCGCCUAACCAGCCUGUAUCCGUGUGUACCUGUGUACGUGUGUGUAUGACACAACGCCAUUUUCCAUCAUGCUGAGGAAAAAAGUACUUCGUCGGGCGCUUAUCGAGACCGGUGUCGACGUGCCGGAUUCCGCUACCGUCACACAAUUCCGACAGCUUUAUGCCUCCCACGAGCCGGUCGCUCGUUCCCCCCGUGCGGCGUCGCCCACUACCUCAGCGACGACACCGGCUCCCGCUUGUGCAAACCACCAAGAUGCCGCCAUUUUGUGCCUUCCAGAUUACAAUGGCGACGACGAUUUUGCGCAUCACGAAAAUGUUGCGAACACUGCCGCUUCGAUGCAAAAUACCACUGAUGCCGUUUCCGCCCUUCCUUCUGCCCAUGGUAUGGCCGCUGCCUUUCCCCGCGGCCCUGACGACAUCGAGGCCCAAUUUGAGAAGCUGCGACAGCAGCAGCAGCUUGCUGAAUUACGCCAAAAGGUGCACCAACUUGAAACACAGCAGCCAGCCGCCCUUUGCGUAAAGGACUUUGAAGCUUUCAUCGAGCCACUCGACGCCGAUAAGAACCCCAAUGUCAUCCGUUGGUUCCGCGACUUGGAGCGUCUCUUCGCACUUUACCGAGUGCGCGAUGCAGAUAAAUUUUUCUUCACCCUUCGGCUUCUCACCGGCACAGCCGCUAACGUCGCAAAAGAACUUGUUGUCACCACUUAUGAUGAGUUGAAGAAAGAGUUGAUCGACAAUCUUCACGUCGUUGCUACGCCCGAAUCUGUUUAUCGCCAACUCCGUAACCGUCGAUUGCGGCCCCAGGAAUCCGCCCUGCACUACUUGUUUGACAUGCAGCGCAUCGCAGACCAAGCCAGUAUCGCCGAUUCAGAACUGAUCCCGAUCGUCAUCGACGGCUUGGGAAGCCCGUCAAUUACGUCGAGUCUGCAUUUCAUGCCUCUUACGAUGAACGACUUCCGGAAGAAAUUGAAACUUUUCGAAUCUUGCCGUCAUCUUUGCACCACCCAGCCCCCUUCCGCUGAUGCCCGGGCCACAACGAACAGCUGUAUGGAACGGCCCCGCCCAUCGCAGGAACCCAUCCGCUGCUUCAACUGCUCCCGAUUCGGACACCUUCAGAACGCGUGCCCGCGACCUAAGCGCCCACCCGGCGGAUGUUUUCGUUGUUUCCAGACUGGACACGUCUACCGUAACUGCCCUGAACGUCGGGCCAACGCCACUGUCGAGGGCAAUACUAGUUCGGACGAAGCUCUCGCCACAAAUCAAGAGGAAGUCCUGUGAGCUUCAUUAGCGACACGAUAGUAC